GUUAAUUAAUCGUUUAUUUCAAAUCUUUCUCAAAUUCUUUUUCCUUCCUUACGGAAUAAUCGUUUUCCUCGAAAUUGUUGAUAGUCAAACAAGUUGACUAUCGUCAAAGAAAGACUACACCUUCAAAGCUUCUUUAUCGUCUUCGAUUUUGAGGUGUUGGCUCUUUGGUUUGACAAAUUGAUUGCGAGGAUGUUGGAGAAGAUGGAAACUAUCGAUAUAGAUCAAGUGAUAGAGGAAUUUGAAACAAUCACAAAAGAUGCUGAGAAGAUUCAGAGAGAGACCCUGAAAAAGAUUUUGGAAGAAAAUGGAUCAGCUGAGUACUUACAAAAUCUUGGUCUCAAUGGAAGAACAGACCCUGAAAGUUAUAAGGCUUGUGUUCCACUUGUUUCUCAUACGGACCUGGAACCUUAUAUUCGGCGAAUUGCUGAUGGUGAUACUUCACAUAUCCUCACUGGCAAGGCCAUAACAACGAUAUCGUUAAGUUCUGGAACCACUCAAGGAAAGCCUAAAUUUGUACCCUUUAAUGAGGAGUUGAUGGAAACCACCAUGCAGAUAUUUCGGACCUCUUUUGCCUUUAGAAACAAAGAGUUUCCCAUUGGAAAUGGGAAAGCCUUACAGUUUAUAUAUAGCAGCAGGCAGUUCAAAACAAAAGGGGGUCUAAGUGCAGGAACUGCUACUACAAAUGUCUACCGCAAUGCACAGUUUAAAAGUGGGAUGAAGGCAAUGCAGUCCCAGUGUUGCAGCCCUGAUGAAGUAAUAUUUGGUUCUGAUUACCAGCAGUCCUUGUAUUGCCAUCUCCUAUGUGGCCUAAUCUUUUGCGAAGAAAUUCAACUUGUGUUUUCAACCUUUGCCCACAGCAUUGUCCAUGCCUUCCGGACAUUUGAAGUAGUUUGGGAAGAGCUAUGUGCUGACAUACGGGAAGGUGUCCUCUCAAGUCGCAUCACUGUCCCUUCAAUUCGAGCAGCGAUGUCCAAAAUACUGAAGCCAAAUCCUGAAUUGGCUGAUUUGAUUCAUAAAAGAUGCUCAGGAUUGAGUAAUUGGUAUGGAUUAAUACCAACACUUUUUCCUAGUGCGAAGUAUGUCUAUGGGAUAUUAACUGGGUCAAUGGAGCCGUAUCUGCAAAAGUUGAGGCAUUAUGCGGGGGACCUGCAUCUUAUGAGUGCUGAUUAUGGUUCUUCAGAAGGUUGGAUUGGAGCAAAUGUCAAUCCAAGUUUGCCUCCUGAGUCGGCCACUUAUGCUGUGCUUCCUAAUAUAGGAUAUUUUGAAUUCCUCCCUCAGAAUGUUGAGGAUCAGGUACUCUGACUGGAGCCCAAGCCAGUGGGUUUGACUGAAGUCAAGGUUGGCGAAGAGUAUGAAAUAAUUGUCACAAAUUUUGCAGGUUUGUAUCGUUAUCGACUAGGAGAUGUGGUGAAGGUUAUGAGCUUCCACAACUCAACCCCGGAACUCAAAUUUGUCUGCAGGAGUAACCUGUUACUCACCAUAAACAUAGACAAGAACACUGAAAAAGACUUGCAGCUAUCUGUGGAAACUGCAGCCAAGCUCUUAGCUGAAGAGAAACUUGAAGUGCUUGACUUCACAAGCCAUGUUGAUGUAUCAACAGAUCCUGGUCACUACGUAAUUUUCUGGGAAAUUAGUGGUGAUGCAAGUGACGAAGUCUUGAAAGAAUGCUGCAAUUGUUUGGACCGAUCAUUUGUCGAUGCAGGCUAUGUUAGUUCGCGGAAGGUUAAUGGCAUAGGACCUCUUGAGCUCCGAAUUGUUCACAAGGGAACCUUCCAGAAAAUCCUAGAUCAUUAUGUCGCAUUAGGCUCUGCUCUUAAUCAGUUCAAAACCCCGAGGUGUGUAGGAACCAUCAACAAUGCGGUGUUGCAAAUCUUAGCUGACAAUGUUGCCAAGAACUACUUUAGUACUGCUUUUGGUUGAAUGUAUGAAAUGGAACUUCAAUUUGAUCAUGCUUUCCUAUAGAAUAAUGCAAUCUGUUAUUAUAGCUUUCUUGUUCCA